AUGGGUAGAUAUUCUGUGAAGAGAUAUAAAACCAAGAGAAGAACCAAGGAUUUGGAUUUGAUAUACAAUGAGCUGACCUCAAAGGAGAAGAUACACGGCUUGUUAAACCAGCCUAUGGAUGAAACCAAACCUGGUCUGGGUCAACACUACUGCAUACACUGUGCUAAGUACAUGGAAACUGCCAUCGCCCUGAAAACACAUUUGAAGACAAAAGUUCAUAAGAGGAGAGUUAAAGAAUUAAAAGAGGUGCCAUACACUCAAGAGGUUGCUAAUGCCGCAGCAGGAGUUGAUUUGAAUAAGUUUUUAAAUAGAGUUGAACAGAUUAAAACUAAGGUCGGUAUUGAGAAAAAUGAUAACGAAGUCUUAUUAAAAGAUCAUUUAACUGAAAAAUUAUCUAAUAUUAAAUCAACUGAGCCAACUCUGCCUUGGGUCACCGAAGAAAACGUCGAACAACCUGUGGAGGCAACUAGCAGUACGCAAGAUGAAAUUAAGAUGGAUUAG